CCCCCAGCAGCUGGGGGGGGGGCAUCCACAGUCAGCCCUAGCCCCCGGCAAGCAGGUGAGGAUGAGACAGGGAUCGGUGAAGAUGGACUCCCCCAGAGGACUGUGGGAAGCGUGGAGGCUUCACUCCAAUCCUGCACUCCAAGAGGAGGACCAGGAGCCCCACAUUCUACAAGAUCUCACACAUCCCCAGGGGUCUCUGCCUAGCUCGGAGAGGUGUGAGCAGCAGCGAGGCAGGGCUGACCCGCCCUGGGAGCCUGGCAUCCAGGCACCAGUAAGGUUCGAAGAGGUGGCCGUGUAUUUCACCGAGGAGGAGUGGCAUCUCCUGGAUGAAGGGCAGAGGCGGCUCUACAGGGAUGUCAUGCUGGAGAACUACACCAAUGUCAGCUUCUUGGGAUUCCCGGUCCCCAAACCGGCCGUGAUCUCCCAGAUGGAGCGAGGGGAGGCGCCGUGCGUCCCGGAUCUCCAGGGCUCUGAGUGGCGGGAGAUCCCAGCAGGUGCCGGGACGGGGAGUGAGAAUCCCCAGCAGAGAGUGUAUCUGUGCGGGACAUUCCUCUGGAGAUUGCAAGAGGACGUAUCCCAGAAUCCUUUGGGAGCAGCUCAGUGCAGGUUGUUCCCACCGAGGUCCCAAGAAGAUGUAUCCCAGAAUCCUUUAGGAGCGGAUCUGCGCGGGCCGUUCUCAGGGCGAUCCAAAGAGGACAUAUCCCAGCAUCCCUUGAGAGGGGAUCCACACAGGCCGUCCUCCACCCCGCGGGCCAGAGAAGCCUGUCCAGGGGCAGGAGUAGGGGGCCAGCUGGGGCUGUCCAGAGCCCCCCGACGUGGGGAGCGGCCCACCAUCUGUGGCGAGUGCGGGAAGGGCUUCCUGCAGAACUCGGACCUGGUGAAGCACCUUCGCACCCACACGGGCGAGCGGCCCUACAAGUGCGCCCAGUGCGGGAAAAGCUUCACCCAGAGCUCGGCCCUGACCCAGCACCGCCGCACCCACACGGGCGAGCGCCCCUACCCCUGCUCCCAGUGCGGGAAGUGCUUCACUGAGAGCUCGACCCUGGCCCAGCACCGGCGCAUCCACACCGGCGAACGGCCCUACCGCUGCCACCAAUGCGGCAAAGCCUUCAGCCUCAGCUCCACCCUGAAGAAGCACCAGCGCACCCACACCGGCGAGCGGCCCUACAUGUGCGAGGCGUGCGGGAAGAGCUUCGGGGAGAGCUCCCACCUAGCCAACCACCAGCGCGUCCACACCGGGGAGCGGCCCUACCGGUGCAAGGAGUGCGGCCGAGGCUUCAACCACACCUCCACCCUCUUCAAGCACCAGCGCACCCACACCGGCGAGCGGCCCUACCGCUGUGGGGACUGCGGCAAGGCCUUCAGCUGGAACACGGCCCUCAAGCAGCACCAGCGGAUCCACACGGGUGCCAAGCCGUACCGGUGCGGGGAGUGCGGCAAGACCUUCAGCUGGAGCUCCACCCUCAACCAGCACCGGCAGGUGCACUCCGGGGAGAAGCCCCACGUCUGCCCCGAGUGCGGCCGCGCCUUUGCUCGCACCUCCCACCUGGCGCAGCACCGGCUGGUGCACUCCGGGGAGAAGCCAUUCAAAUGCGGGCAGUGCCAGCGGAGCUUCAUCCAGAACGCCCACCUGGUGUCCCACCUCCGGCUGCACGCCGCCCCCGCCGGGCUGCCUCAUGGCACGCAGGAGGGCCCUGGGGACCGAGGCCUGGUUCAGCUCCCCUCCAUCGGGGUCAAUGGACCAGAUCUCCAGCUGGUGUCAAUUGGACGUAGCUCCAUCGGGGUCAAUGGACCGGAUCUCCAGCUGGUGUCAAUUGGACGUAGCUUCGUCGGGGUCAAUGGACCAGAUCGUCAGCUGGUGGGAAUGAAAGCUAUUAAUUAUCCUGACCAAGGAACUUCUGAAAUCACACCAGGCCGGAUUCUAUGUUCCUCUGCCCCUUUGCCGCCACUCCAGUGGGCUCCCUACGCUGGUCUCUGGUUACACUUUCCAGUUCCAACUGAGAAGCAACACAGCACCGAAAAUAUUCGAGCUGCCAGAUCGGCGUUGGCCUAUGGCCGACCCCCGGGAGUCAUGGAGCCCGUCCUGCAGCGCUGGGAGGCGGUGAGCAUCAAAGUGGAGGGAGAAGAGCCGAGUGCCACCGGGGAAGCCCAACAGGGGGUGCUGUCUCUGAGCCCGUACCCUGGGGCUGCAAGCCCCCUGGGCUGGGCUCUGAAAGAGAAGCCAGAGUUCCAGCAGGGAAUGGGUGAUGGUGAAAGCCUGGGGUGGGAUCCAGCACAGAAAGAUCUGGAGAAGGCUGAACUGCACCAGCUCUUACCGAUAGCAGACGUCCCCCAAGUAGAGCUGGGUGGGGCGCUGUCUGGAGGACCUGAAGGAAUCCUUCCCCAAGCGGAUCUGCUUAGGACGGUCUCUGGAGGAUCUGAAAGAGACAUUCCCCUACUGGAUCUGUGUGAGAUGUUCUCUGGAGAAUCUGACGGGGAUGUUCCCCAUAUUGAUCUGCAUGGGGUACCCUCAGGAGAACCUGCAGGGGAUGUUCCCCAGGUGGAUCUGGAUGGGAUGCCCUCAGGAGGAUCUGAAGAGGAUGUUCCCCAAGCGGAUCUGCAGGGGACGUUCUCUGGAGGAUGGGAAGGGGUGGACAUGCAGCAGUGGGGGGACUCUCGAGUGAGAACCCAGGGGAAGCCAGCCCAGCAUGGCAGCCUCCUUGCACCGGCCCCGGAGAAACCGUACAAGUGCUCGGUGUGUGAUAAAAGCUUUGGGCAGAGCUCCCACCUCAUCCAGCACCAGGUGUCGCACACGGGCGAAAAGCCUUACAAAUGUCCCGAAUGUGGCAAAGGCUUCACCUGGAGCUCAGCGCUGGCCCAGCACCGGCGCAUCCACCGCGGCGAGAGACCUUUCGUCUGCCCGGACUGCGGCAAAAGCUUCAGCCAGAGCUCCAACCUGAGCACCCACCGGCGCAUCCACACAGGCGAGAAGCCGUUCGUCUGCCCGGACUGUGGACGCGGCUUCAGCCAGAACUCCAACCUCGCGUCCCACCGGCGCACCCACACCGGAGAACGCCGCUACCGCUGCUACGACUGCGGGCGGGGCUUCUUGGAGCGGGUGGCGCUGGCUGAGCACCAGCAGGGCCAUGCCGGGCAUCGGCCCUACACCUGCGGGCAGUGCGGCAAAGCCUUUGGACAGAGCGCCAAGCUGGCCCAGCACCAGCGCAUCCACACCGGUGAGCGGCCCUUCCGGUGCGAGGAGUGCGGCAAAGGCUUCAACGACGGCUCCUACCUGGUCAAGCACCGGCGGGUCCACACCGGCGAAAAGCGCUACCGCUGCCCAGUGUGUGGCAAAACCUUCAGCCAGACCUCUAACCUCAUCACCCACCAGACCACCCAUACUGGAGAAAAGCCUUUCCGGUGUGGGGACUGUGGGCGUAGCUUCAUCCGCCGGGCUCACCUGGCUGCCCACCGGCGCACUCACACUGGCGAGCGGCCGUACCAGUGUGCCCAGUGCGAGAGGUGCUUCUCCCAGCGCUCCACCUAUGCCCAGCACCGCCGCACCCACACCGGUGAGCGGCCUUACCGCUGCCCUGACUGCGGCCGGGGAUUCAGCCAGAACUCCAACCUCGCGGCUCACCGGCGCAUCCACACCGGCGAACGGCCCUACCAGUGUGGCCAGUGCGGCCGGCGCUUUGUCCAGAGCUCUGCCUUCACCCAGCACCAGAAGACCCACAAGAAAGGGCAGGACCCUGCUCGGCUGUGCACAGCGGCUGGGGCGGGGGCAGGGGGGGGCCGGUCCCCAGCACCGAAAUCCCCCUCCAAAGGGGGGGGGAGGGGAUUGCAAAGGGAGCCGGGGUGUCCGGGGGCUGCGAUGGAGGAGUGGGCUCUGCUGGAUGAGAGGCAGAGGGAGCUGUACCGGGACGUCAUGCAGGAGAACUAUGGGGACGCCAUUUCACUGGGAUUUCCUGUCCCCAAACCGGCUGUGAUCUCCUGGAUGGAACGCGAGGAAGAGCCGUGCGUCCCGAAUCUCCAGGGCUCCGAGGAACAGGAGAUCCCAGCAGGUGACGGGACAGCGAGCGACAACGAGGAAGAGGAUGUGGCAGAGCCUCCCCAGCAGGAGGAAGAGCCUCCGGGUCCGGAUGCCCCCAACUGGGCCGAAGCCUGCGAGAGCUUGUGUCGGCCCCCGCAGCGAGGGGGCCGCUGGGGCCCGUACCCCCGGCGGCGGCGGGUCAGCACCGCUCCCCGGGCCGAACCGCGCUUCUUCGAUUGCCCCGACUGCGGGAAACGCUUCACGCUCAGCUCCCACCUCAUCCGGCACCAGCGGGUGCACACGGGCGAGCGCCCCUUCGCCUGCGGGGUGUGCGGGAAGAGCUUCUCGCAGCGCUCGGACCUGGGCCGCCACCAGCGCACCCACACGGGCGAGAAGCUCUACCGCUGCACCCAGUGCCAGAAGAGCUUCAGCGAGAGCUCCCACCUCAUCCGCCACCAGAUCAUCCACUCCGGUGAGAAGCCCUUCAAGUGCAACGUCUGCGGCAAGAGCUAUGGAGACAGCUCCUACCUGGCCGUCCACCAGCGGGCCCACACCGGCGCCCGUCCCUACCGCUGCCCCCUCUGCGGCAAAAGCUUUGGACGCAGCUCCACCCUCAUCCGCCACCAGCGCGUCCACGCUGGCGACGGGACGCCGGUGGAGGGCCAGCCCGCCCUGCCCGUGCCCCCGCCAGCCCCCCGGCCCAACGCCCGCCACCUCCGGAUAGUGGGGUGGCAGUGGGGGGUGGAGUGAAGGGGGCAGGGUGGGUGGGGAGAGGUGGGGGGCUUAGGGAGCAGUCGGUCGCUGUGGUGGGGUUGGUUGCCAUGGUGACUAUGGAGAGGAUCAGUGAGUUGGUUACCCUGGGGACUGGUCACUACGGAGAUUGGUGGGUUGGUUGCCAUGGAGUGGUUGGUAACUAGGGAACUGCUUGGUGGGUUGGUCACCGCGGUGGUUGAUUGCUAGGGAGGGCAUUGGUGGGUUGGUACCAUAGCAAUUAUAGGGAGGGGAUUGGUGGGUUUGUUACCGCAGUGGUUGGUCACUAAGGAGGGGAUUGGUGGGGUGGUUGGUAAAUAGCAGAUUGGUGGGUUGGUGACCUCGGUGGUUGAUCGCUAGGGAAGGGAUUGGUGGAGUUGUUGCCAUGGGGUGUUUGGUAACUAGGGAGCAGAUUGGUGGGUUGGUCACCAUGGUGGUUGAUCGCUAGGGAGGGGAUUGGUGGGGUGGUUGCCAUGGAGUGGUUGGUAACUAGGGAGCAGCUUUGUGGGUUGGUCACCAUGGUGGCUGAUCGCUAGGGAGGGGAUUGGUGGGUUGGUACCAUAGCGAUCAUAGGGAGGGGAUUGGUAUGUUGGUUACUGCAGUGAUUAGUUACUAGGGUGGGGGUCGGUGGUGCAGUUACCAUGCUGACUGACCACUAACAGCGAUUGGUGGAUUGGUUCCCAUGGUGGUUAGUUGCUAGAGCGAGAAUUGCUAAUUUGGUUAGUAAGGAUGAUGGGUCACUCUUGAGAGAGGGAGGGAAUUGGUGGUUUGAUUACUAGGGUGAUUGUUGCUAAGCAGUUGAUUGGCAGUUCGGUUACUAGAGGCUACUGGUCACUAGGGAGCGAGUGGAUUGAUGGUCUGUUUAUUAGGUGUGAAAUAUUGUUUGGUGGGGGGUGUUUGAGGCUCAGGGGGAUUAAAUUUGGGUGACGGGGAACAGAUUUUGGUACUCCCCAAACCUUUGUAGCAUUUAAUGAUGGUGCCCAGGGGGUUCAUACCCAGGAACCCCCCUAAUCCCAGCUCACCAGGAACCCCACCGUCACCACAGCCCACGUCCUAGUGCCCAACACAUGAGGCCCCCCAUUCCUUCAGCUCUCCCUGUCUCUGGGCCUCUGCUUGGUUCAGAGGGGAGGGAGGUGGAUUGACAGCCUCGGGGCAUGGGAUAGACUGACACCCCCUCACUGGGGGUAGCGUCCGCAGCAUUCGCCCAUUUCAGAACCAGCCGCCAGGACGGAAUAGGAACAGAUAUUUCAUCAGGGAGACGGGACUGCCGGGUGCCUGGGCAAAUCCUGUCCCUGGAGCACUGAGACGCCGCAGACUCCACACGGCAACGGGGAAAUGGAUGAAAACAAAUAUUUUCUACUUAGAGAGUCAAUGGGGCCAAAUCCCCAGCUGGGGUCACUCAGCUGCAGCUCCAUUGGGGUCAAUGGGGCAGAUCCCCAGCUGGGGUCACUCAGCUGUAGCUCCAUUGGGGUCAGUGACACCAGGGCCCCAAUCGGCCAUGACUCCAGUGGGAUCAAUGGGCCAGAUCUCCAAGAGGUGUCAUUCGGCCAUCGCUGUCUUGGAGUCAACAGUGCAAGGCUGGUUGACGGCAGCUGGCCAUGUAUCCUGGAAGUUCUCAGAUCUUGUGACACUAUAACACAACUGACCUUUAUAUUUAUUGACGGUUCCCGUCCCCAUCCCCUCAGCGUGCCCUAGGUUUGUCUAACUUAGAUUGUAAGCUUACUGGGGCAGGAACCUUUUUUUUUUAGACCUCUGUACGUGCACCGUGCAUAGCCACGGGGCUGCAGAAAUGUUUAUUAAUAAUAAUAAUAAUAAAUAAUAAUAAUAAAAACCUAACAAGGAA